CAAAAUAGCAAAGAGAGAGGACGGGAGACACAACAAUUGGACAUGAGCUCUUUAGAGGCAGAACAGAUGAAUAGACUUUGUUGCUGUUGACUGGAAACAGCAAUACAAUGCUGCCUUGGAAGAAGAAUAAGUUCGACCUGAUCGAGGAAGACAAGCAGUCCAAGCAGAAGGGCUAUGCGGUGAGCCUCAACUACUCUGCGCUCACCUCCUUCGCCAAGUCCUGCCCCGAGAGCGCGCUCAACAGGGUGGGCAGCAUGUUCAAGUCAAAGAGGAAAAAGGUGAAGAUCACCAGCGAGGACCCGACAUACACGGUGCUAUACCUGGGGAAUGCCACUACCAUCCAGUCCAAAGGGGACGGCUGUACAGACGUUGCGGUGAGCAAGAUCUGGGGCAAAAGCGAAAUGGGCAAACACGGCACCAAGAUGAGGCUGACCAUCAGCUCGCAGGGCAUCCGGAUGGUGCAUGUGGACGACAAGGCCAGGAGGCCGGGACACUUGUACUUGCUACACCGGAUAACAUACUGCGUCGCGGACCCGAGGCUACCCAAGAUUUUCGCCUGGGUUUACAGGCACGAAAUGAAGCACAAGGCCGUGAUGCUGCGCUGUCACGCAGUGCUGGUGUCCAAGCCGGAGAAGGCAAAGGCUAUGGCGCUGCUGCUGUACCAGACCUCGGCCACGGCCCUGGCUGAGUUCAAAAGACUAAAGCGAAGGGACGAUGCCAGGCACCAGCAGCAGCAGCUCAUAGGGGAACAGACCAUCCCGUUGGUCCCCAUCAGGAAGCUGCUGAACGGACAGUGCUACUACAAACCCCCGGUGGAGCGCAGCCGGAGCGCACCCAAACUGGGCUCCAUCACAGAGGACUUAGUCGGGGAGGAGGAGGAGGAGAAAGCGAUGCACUUUGAGUGUGAGGACAUUCUGGACACGGACGAUGAUUGUGUUGCUAACGGUAAACAGGAAUUGACUCAGAUUAUUAAUGACUUGGGGGAGAUGAGCAUAGGAAACGACCUGCAGACUCUGAAAGCUGACCUCAGAGUAACCAGACUUCUCUCUGGAGAGAGCACGGGCAGCGAGUCCUCCAUAGAGAGCAACCAGGAGCCCCCUCAUCUCUCUAAUGGCUUUGAGGAGGUAAAGGUGCAGGAAAUCGCCUGAAUAUUAUAUUUCCGGGCAAGUCUCCUAUGAUGAGCCAUGUCUCCACAAGAAACAUUUUCCCUGUCUUUGUUUUGGAGAGUGUUUGUCCAACCUGGUGCCUACACGACUUAAGCUCUGGGACAAUAACAGCACAUUGACACACAAUAAGGCUACUGAACGAUACCUUAAUAUUGUGUCAAAUAUGAACAAAACAAAUAAGUGCAUGCCCAUUUGAGAGAGGAAACGACACAAAUCCAAGUGUGCCCAGGACGCACUGCACUAAUUCCAUCUCUUUUAUUUAAGAGGAUUUGUGUAUCCUCAAGCUUGUUUACCUAACUUUACUCUCUCUUGCAAAUUGCGUUUUUCUGUUGAAAGAUGCUUAAUGAUCCAAAAAUACUUAGUUUUUAAGCACGAUUUGUUAUUUUCCUAAGUGGUUCAGUGGGUCUAAACAGGCAUCCUUAAUUUUCCUGUCAGGGCGCUCUUGUUACUGCCUGUUAAUUUACUUUAUUUUGCACUGUUGUGGAAGUAUUAUGUUGACUACAUGUACAUAAUGUUUGUUGGUAUGUUGCCUAAAACAUCAAUGUCUUAUCUUUGCUGUGCAAAAGAAACACACCUUUAUGUAUUGAGAUGUAAAGUAUGAUGUUUAAAGUAUAAAUAUGUUAUUUUCUAAAGGAAAAUGUGGUUUGUUAUGUGAACCUCAUAGACUUAUCAAUAAAAAAGACAAUUAUAUGAAA